AUGGAACACCUAAACAGUGCGCAGGAAGAUAAGCUCGAGCUCAGCCUUCAGCUCACCCUGCACACACCGGCGACGGCGCUGGAGUCUGGCGGCUUCUUCAUCUGCGUCUACUGCGACCGCAAGUUCCGUAGCUCGCAGGCGCUCGGCGGCCACCAGAAUGCGCACAAGCACGAGCGCAGUCUCGCCAAGCGCAGGAGGGAGAUCGCCGCCGCCACGCGCGCGCACGGGGCAGUGCUGAACGAGAGGCCGCCGAACAGCGGUGAUAACUUCUUGUCGGCCGCGGGGAAGGCGAGGAGGACGGAGGCGCGGAAGGGUAGUGCUUCUGCUAGUGUGUUGCCUCAUGGCAUGCCUCGCAAGCGCGGCAGGAGCUCGUUGGAGUACGGCUACGGGGCCGUCGACGGCGCCGACGAGUUAGACCUGUCUCUCAGCCUCUCAGGGAGCAAGUUGAUGGCGUUCAUGGAGUUCUUGGGCAACCUUCCUCAAAUACUCUUGUACUUUUUGCUCAUCCCCGCAUAUAGGAUCUUGGCUAAUGAAGAGCCAAGAAUGGCAGAACAUGAUGUCUUCUUUGUCGUUGUAGCCAGCAUUCCUUUGGCUCGUUCCCUUCUUUCCAACGCCGCCGAUCUCGCCCUCGGCUCCGGCCCCGGCCUCAGUGUCACCCUCCUCCAAGGCAUCGCACUCGACAUCGUCGAGCACAGGAGUGUCCUGCUCCAAUGGUUGGCCAAAUUGGGAGAACAACAACACCCCGUCGAUGGCAUACCCUUGGGUCUGGGUUUCGGUCCCAAGGCCAUCUAG